UCCCUAUUUGCGUAUCCCUAUCAGCGCACUUAGAAAGAAAUCUGACGAUUUAAUGAAUCAUUGUUUCGAUCUGGACAACAUCCUCGAGGGAGUCGAAAGGUUCUAUGUGAGGAAAAAGGCUGGAAAAAAAAAAGAAAAAAUACACAGCAUGGUUGCACUGCACGAGUCCAUUUAAACGCAAAAGUGGGAGAGGAUUGGCGCUAUCUCAACCGUCUCUGCAUCGCCGAUAUAAGCUCCGGAGAACAGUCUACUGUCACGUUCAGUUUCGCUCACAGCACAACACCAUGAGCUCUAAUUACGCGACUGUACACUCCAAUCGUUUAUUAGGGUUCAAUCGUAUCGACCAUCAAAAUACGUAGACUUUUCUGUAAAAGUUCACGUGACACCUGUCGAGGGCUUUUCUCAUGAUUUCGAUAACGUGCGUGCAUCCUGUCUGGAUCAGUCCGAGCAAACAGAAAAUUGCUUUUUUCAUCAGUUUUCGAGUAAAAGCGAAGGUCAAGUGAAAAGAGGCCUAUAAGGUCAUCACAAUCUUCUCAUGCUCCUCACAUUUGCAGCAGCCUAAAAGGAGAGGAAGAAAAAGCACGUUGACAGGAAAUUAUAUGCGGGAAAUAGCGAUAGAAGCAACCAAUAGUAGCAAAAUCGUGGAUCUUGACGUUCAAUUGCUGAGGACUUCUCAUAAGAACUGCAGAAAGCAACCGCAAUCGUUCCUUCCGUGACAAAGCCAGCGUGGCCUACCAGUCCGUUGAUUCUAGUCACUUGUGUCGCGCCAAACAAGUGAUUCUUCCCUUGGAGAACACUCUGAAGUUCACGUUGCCGAUAGCUUCUUUGGCGUCGUCCAACUUAGCUAUCUAUAUCGGCGAGAAGCAGACUCGCUUUGUACAUCGAAGAAUCAGGAAACGCGGUAACGAAAGCGAGAGAUGAUGUCAUUGUCCGGUCUGAUUUACGGCCUCUGGUUGCUCUGUCUGUUCGCGAGCUUGAUCUUCCUGAGUUUAUCCAAUUGCAUUGGCUCCAAUUGCAUUGACGUAUCAUGCUGUCCCGAGGGAACGCUAUUGCAAUAUAAAACGCACAAUUGCUCAGACGACACACAUAUCCGUCCAAAUUGUUCAGGCAUGUACAUGCUGAAUCCUCAGAAGAACUAUUGGGAGACCUUCACCGUUAUCUACGAGAAGGGUACCGCGUUAUUACAGAUAGAAGACAUUAAGGAUUAUAAAGUGCCGUUUGACAGGUAGAAUCUCCGCAACUAUGGCGUGAGUUUUAC